AUGCCGUCAGCGUUGCAACCACCGAGAAUCCAAACGCAGGAUCCCGGCGCACACGAGCUCUCAGAUGCCGAUAGCGACCACUUUUCGUCCGCCAGUGAAGGCAACGACGGCCAUCGUCUGUCGAACAAUGAUACUACGCCUUCCACACCUAUAACUCGUGUUGAGCGAGUGGACGAUCGGCCCGCUCAUGGCGAGGUUCCGGGCACGGCAGCCUAUGCCAUGCGCACCAGAGAUGCCGUACCCGACGAGGUCGAGAUCAUCCCUGAUGGCCAACGCAGCCGGAGUGGCACGCGCACACGUGCCUUGAGCGGUCUUGGUGAGAGCUCUAGACCACAGACGCCAGGUGGAACGCCGAUCCCGAAGACUAUUGUGGAGCGGGUGGAUGACAAACCUGCGCAUGGCGAGGUGGAUGGCACGCUAGCAAAGGAGAUGCGGAUGGCAGAUGCAGAGCCGGAUGAAGUACGGCGGGCGCCAGAGGUGGCGCGGAGCGGGGCGAUUGAUGAGGUAGACCCUGAAGCACAGCAAGCUUGGUUUCGUUCGAUGUGGGAAGGCGGGAAGGGGGAAGCACUUGCGGAAACUCAGCCGCAAGAAGAUGAUGAUCUUGGCGCCGACUUUGACGAUUUCAAUGAGGGCGACGGAGACGACUUUGGAGACUUUGAUGAAGCAGAGGACGCGACACCGCAGCAAGAGACGUAUCCUGCUACACAGCCAGCGCCGCCUGACAUACUAGCGGGUUUGGUAAGUAGUCUACAGCUUUCCGCAGUCCGACCGUACAUUGACACCAUCUUUCCGAACUCGCAACCACUACCAUCACUGCGAGACCUUCCGCCCAUUGACCCAGCAUCAACCUCCCCUUUCCUCUCCGAUCGCUCCUACGCCCUCUGGACCCAGCUCAAGAACCCUCCGCCCAUGCAACCGCCCAAUUGGACACGAAGCCGGAUACGCCGUCUCUUCCUCGUCUCGUUGGGUGUGCCGGUCGACCUGGAUGAGAUCCUACCACCGAGCAAACAGAAACGGCUGGUGCUACCCAACAUCAACCUGUCUUCCGAGACAAGGCCGUCAGCAACUUCCAUUGAACGGCUCAGAGAAACAUCUGGGAACGCCUCGGCGACUUCGCUUGACUCUAAGACCGGUGCUCCCAAGAAGAAGCGGACCGCUGUCGCCAAAGGUCCGCCUCCCCCUCCGGACUUUGACACGAAUGCCGCCAGUCUGCUGUGCAGUACUACAGAGCAAGCAUUAACGGUGUACAGCGACAAGGAGUUGCGAGAGCAUGUAUUCACGCUCGGCGUGCUCAACCGGAAGGCAAGUGGCGUGCUGGAGUACUGGCUGCAACGGAAAGAUGAGAGUGUCAAGGAGAAGGAGGCGUUGGAGGGCGUGAUUGAGAAUCUGGUGGGCUUCGUCAAGGGACGGAGAGGUGGGUAG